AUGGCAGACAAUAAAGUCGAGCCCAGGCAUGAUGGGAGUCCUAACCCUCAUCCUAUACAACCCCGGCCAGUCCGUUAUGCUUCCACACCUUCGUAUGAAAGCCCUCAAAGGCAUUAUCGUCGGAACCCAAAAGUCAGACGUCCAGUGAAGGAAACUCUCAAUGCUCGCUCCGAGUAUACUACCAGUCAAGAUGAUGGAACCGCCGAGCAUAGAAUCAACCAAUAUAUCAUAAAGCAGGAGAUUGGGAGAGGCUCUUUUGGCGCUGUCCACCUCGGGACAGAUCAAUUCGGAAACGAAUAUGCAGUCAAAGAGUUCUCCAAAUCCCGAUUACGAAAACGUGCGCAAUCGCAUCUUUUGCGACGGCCUCGAGGUCCCAAACGUCCAUCCGCUGGGUGGAACUCACCUCUCCAUCGUCAUCCGUCGGGGAACGCGGAAGAGAACGCGGGAAACUCAUUGUAUCUGAUCAAGGAAGAGAUCGCCAUCAUGAAGAAACUGAACCACAACAACCUAGUCUCCUUAAUUGAGGUGCUGGAUGACCCGACAGAGGAUUCCCUUUAUAUGGUGAUGGAAAUGUGCAAAAAGGGUGUGAUCAUGAAGGUCGGGCUUGAAGAAAGGGCUGACCCGUACAGCGACGAACAGUGUCGCUGCUGGUUUCGUGACCUGAUUUUGGGCAUCGAAUAUUUGCAUGGUCAGGGUAUCGUACAUCGAGAUAUCAAACCGGACAAUUGUUUGCUGACAAGCGAUGAUGUCCUUAAGGUCGUGGACUUUGGCGUGUCUGAAAUGUUCGAAAAGAAUUCGGAUAUGUUUACUGCGAAAUCAGCCGGAUCGCCUGCUUUUCUUCCGCCGGAGCUCUGCGUGGUGAAACAUGGCGACGUCUCGGGAAAGGCUGCCGACAUUUGGUCCAUGGGUGUGACUCUGUACUGUCUUCGCUACGGCAGACUACCGUUUGAGAAGCAAAGCAUCUUCGAACUCUAUGAAGCGAUCAGAAGUGACCCUGUUGUAUGCGAAGGGGAAACUGAUGAUGACUUCAAAGACAUGAUGCUUCGAAUAUUGGAAAAGGACCCAAGCAAAAGAAUCAACAUGCAAGAACUCCGAGCGCAUCCUUGGGUGACAAGAAACGGCUGCGAUCCUCUAUUGCCGGAAGAGGAGAACGUUGCUCAGAUCGUUGAGGCUCCGACCGAGGAGGAAAUGAACAGUGCCAUCACGAGAAAUGUCAGCCAUCUUAUGGCCGUGAUAAAAGCCGUGAAACAAUUCAAACGACUUCUUGGUCCAACCAGAGCGGAACCAGUGAUGCAAAGUAUCCUUGGACAAGAAUACGAAACUCAUUUCGUCGAGCCUCCCCUCGAGAUGGACCCAGAGGAAAGCUUUUCCGCUAGUGAUCACCUUGCCGCAAAUAAAAGCCAGAGCGUGACUUGGUACGAUAGAAAGCCCAGGGGACGUGAAUACGUCCUCAAAGGAUACCACCAACAACGCGAGGAAGUACCAAAUAUCACGGGCUUGAAUAGCGCGCACGUCAAACAAGAUCCUGUCAUUGGUGGUUUCUCCAGGCAUUCCGCGGACACCGAGGUCAAGAGACAGAACUCUGGCUCGAUUCGCAGCUACAAACUCCGUGGCGAGUCGAUUGACGAUUUACCAACGACGUCCACACCGCAGUCACCAUCGCCACAGAUACCACUUUCUCGGGCAAACUCGGCUACUACAAGACGGAGUGUUGAGGGCACUCGUGGACAUGCAAGGGAUCCUUUAGAGGAGAAUUUCCCUUAUCUAUUCAUCGGUCCUUCUACCUACACAGGGUCGGACCUGGAACAAAGUCGCGAUGAUGACAUGGAGUACGACUGCGAUCAAUCGAACAAUUUACUAUCAGAGGAGCCCUCCGAUUUGAACUCAGCAGCGUCUUCAGACGUUCCCAUAGUGAGCGAAUCACCGGGUGCUGCCGAGUUCGACAUAUAUGAAACAGCUUACAGAAAGGAAAUUGAACGAAUCCGCGAACGGACCCUGCCACGCCAAGGUACUGCACCUAGAGUAUACUUGACUCGCCGUGUGGAAGGGAAGGAUGAAGUGUUGAAGCUAGUCGGAAGGGAGUCCAUCGAAGCAGACUCGAUCAUCGGCCAGAAGACCAGAGCAUCACCCAACUUAGGGUCUGCGGUCAGUAUGCUCAGAGCUCAGUUGGCCGAGCAGCAUACGGCCGAAUCCAAGGCAGCUGGCACUUCAGAGCAGCCGCCCUCAUCACUCCAUGUCUCCACGUCCUCGCCAACGGCUGCGACCGAGACAACAGCCAUGGAGACAUCCCCCACGUCGAUGCCGGAAAGCUCCAGGGCCAAGUUACUCAAUCUCCUUAGUCGUGCCAAAGGUAAUCGCAGUCCUUGA